AUGGUCCGCGAAACAAAUCCCAGCCGGACAUCGUCUGGCCACUACCUGUCACCGCAGAAGCGCGACGUUCAGGAGCGCAUCCCACUAGCCAACAUAUCCGCGAAGAUGCAGUCCCCGUCGCCGAAAGCGCCUGCGGUGGAUGGAGAUGGCAAGGCUGCAAACAUCUCUCUGUCGGACAUCACCUUCGGGGAGGCCAGUCCCUUGCGCAACCCGCUAAGAGGGCCCACACAGCCCAGGAAGCAGACGUCGAGCAUCUUCAUGCCGAAGCAGCGUCCACAGCAGUCGAUCAGGCCAACCACGACGUCUCGAGUGACAUCGGACGAGUAUCCCGCAGAUCAGCGCGACUUCUACUUUCCAGGUCAACGUCAAGCAUCGUCUUCAUGGCAGGCUGCGCAUGAUGCGAAUGCACAACGCAACCACGGCCCAAGCGCUACCAACAUCUACCGACCCACAAAUGCACCGCUCCAGACCUUCCAUCCCCCGAAGCCGACGUUUAGUUCAACGGCUCAAGCAGAUUUCUACAAGUCAGCACUCAACCCACCAAAGUCGGUGGUCGAUCUUACCGCACAGGAUGACGACAGCGACGGAGAACGAUUCGACCCGGACGCCGCGAUCAGAGCGGAGAGCAGAAACUUUGGCUCUGAAGAUCCAUACAUGUAUGUGGACGCCAACAAGGCGAGUGAAAACAUCAAGAACUUGCUUGAAGGCGCGUUCGAUGAUGAAGAAUCGAAAGGUAAGACUCGUCUCCGAAGACGUGCUAAGACGCGCGAUGCAGAAGAGGCGGAGUCUAAAGGUCUUGCCAGCAAACUGGCAGCGUUGAAUGUCAAGGACGAUACACCGACAAAAGAUGACGACGAAGAUGCAGAGGAGGAGGAGGAUGGCACGGUCGAUGGACUUGCAGUGAAGCUCUUGCCACAUCAAGUCGAAGGUGUGUCAUGGAUGAUUGACAAGGAGAUCGGACAGAAGAAAGUCAAGGGCGUACUGCCUUAUGGCGGUAUAUUGGCAGAUGACAUGGGCCUGGGCAAGACUGUUCAGUCUGUAGCACUUCUGCUCACGAAUCCACGACCAGCGUUGGACGCGAAGCCGGAGCGCAAGAACCAGAAGAUGCCUGGUCGGGAGGUCGGCAAGGGCACACUCGUUGUUGCACCGCUUGCCCUCAUCAAGCAGUGGGAGUCCGAGAUCAAGACGAAGGUGUCUAAGAGCCACGCUUUGAAAGUCCUGGUACACCACGGUGCGAGUCGAACGAAGUCUGGAGAUCAGCUGAGAAAGUAUGAUGUCGUGAUCACCACGUUUCAGACACUAACAUCGGAACAUGCUGGCUCGAAUAUGCUCGUCAGUGGUGGCACCAGGAUCGGAUGCUUCGGCGUACACUGGUACAGAGUUAUGCUUGAUGAAGCCCACAGCAUCAAGAAUCGCAACGCAAAAGCGACUCAAGCUUGCUACGCGCUGAACAGCUGGUAUCGAUGGUGCUUGACUGGAACGCCGAUGCAGAACAACUUGGACGAGCUGCAGUCACUGAUCAAGUUCCUUUGCAUCAAACCGUAUUGUGAGCAGCCAAGCUGGAAGCAAGAUAUCAUUCAACCGAUGAAGAACGGUCGCGGAGGCCUUGCCAUGAGGCGAUUGCAGUAUUUCCUGCGUGCGUUCAUGAAGCGGCGCACCAAGGACAUCCUGAAGCAGGAGGGUGCGCUGAACUUUGGUGGUAAGACUGGCAAAGAUGGCGAGAACAAGGGUGGCAUGCAGAUCGUCAAGCGCGAGGUGCUCACAGUCGAGUGUGAGCUGGACGAAGAAGAACAAGACUUUUACAGUCGUCUUCAAGCCAGAGCCGACAAACGUUUAGACGAGAUGGCACAUGCUGCCAAGGCUGACUACAUCGGAGCUCUCGUUCUUCUACUGAGGCUCAGGCAAGCUUGCAACCACCCGCGGCUGGUCGAGAUGUCUAUGAGCAAGGACAAAGAUGCCAUGACUACUGGAAUGGCGGGUGCUCAGACUCCUCGGAAGCCGAGCGGCAACGACAUGGACGACCUCGCAGCCCUAAUGGGCGGGAUUAGUGUUCAGACCAAGCACUGCGAUGUCUGCCAAGUCAAGUUAUCUCCAGUUGAGGCUAGAGAUGGCGCGGUCCGGUGCUCUGAGUGCGAGGAUGAUCUUGCUGCUGUGAAGAAGAAGCAGAAGGAGAAGAAGCACAAAACUAAGGCAACCAAAUCCAAAGCUCAAGCAGUCAAAGCUGAGGUCAAGUUGGAGCAGCGCCGUGCUAGAAAUCGCAGAAUCAUCGACGACAGCGACGACGACGAGGAUGAGAGCCAUGCCGAACAGGGCAAAGCAGGCACCACAGACGAUGAAGAUGAAGAAGGCGGCGGCGAAACUCUCGACACCAUCGAUUCGGACAGAAGUGACGAGGAUGACUCAGAUGUCGUCGACUCGCCAUCGCGGGCGAAGAGAAUUAGCGGUCGCGGUGGGAAGGAGGGCGAUGAGGUGUCAGACGUAGACGACCAGAGCGAAGAGGAUGACGAAGAUGGUGAAUCGGACGACUCAGACUCGGAAGCCAACAUCCUCGACGGCGUGGGCACCAGCGGAAAGUCAAGCCAUACGCCAUCGACCAAGAUCCGCCAUCUCCUCCGCAUAUUGCACAAGGAGUCGCCCAAGCACAAGACGAUUGUAUUCUCGCAGUUCACCACCAUGCUCGAUCUCAUCGAGCCACCCCUCAAGACAAGCGGCCUCCGCUUUGUACGAUACGAUGGCAGCAUGCGGCCCGAUGCUCGCGAGCAGUCUCUGAACUCUUUGCGCACCGACCCGAAGACACGGGUUCUUCUCUGUUCGCUCAAGUGCGGCUCGCUCGGACUCAACCUUACUGCCGCUUCGCGAGUUGUAAUUGUGGAACCUUUCUGGAACCCUUUCGUAGAGGAGCAAGCAAUUGAUCGCGUGCAUCGACUCAACCAGACUGUUGACGUCAAGGUAUUCCGCCUGACGGUUCGCAACAGUGUGGAGGAGAGGAUCAUUGAACUGCAAGAAAAGAAGCGCGAGCUCGCCAAGGCAGCCAUAGAAGGCGGCAAGGGCGUUGGCAAGCUUUCUAUGAAGGACAUUCUUGGCCUCUUCAAACGCGACGCUGAGCAUGGUGGGCACGAUGAAGAAGAUCGGGAAUUGUGGCAGAAGUUUGGAGGCGACAAUCGACUGCUGGACCAUCGUAACGAGAUCUCUACCGACGAUCGCGGCACAACUAUGGGUACUGGCUCUCGUCCAGUGUCAAAUCGGCCACAGGCGAAGGCGCGGCCACAUCAAGAGCAUGAUGUGUACGGGAGGAGAUGGUGA